UCCGUAAAUCAUAAAACAAUGAAUUUGGGAUACUAUAAAAGACAAAAAUUAAGUCAAAGCCAGGUACAUCUAAAUAUAGGCUUAGUGAUUCAGAUCAAAAUGAAAUACCAACUCAUCACUAUAUUAGUAUUGAUAGUUCUGGUGGACAUAAUUAUUUGUUCAGGUGGAGGCGGCGGGGGAGGAGGGGGUGGCGGUGGCGGUGGAGGAGGCGGAGGAGGAAGUGGGGGUGGUGGAGGAGGAGGGGGCGGCGGCGGUCAACAGGACACUAUUAUUAUCAAUUCAGGGGGAGGCAACAGACAAGGAGGCGGACGACAGUGGGGCGGCGGAAGACAAUUUAAUGAUGGUCGAAAAUUUGGAGGCGGUCAACGAAAUUUCAGAGGUGGACGACAACAUUUCGGAGGUGGACGAGGCGGAGGUCGUAAUAUUAGAUGGUAGACAAAAAGUUUGAUCAACCCGUCUUGUUGUUGAUGGUGGAAACAACCGUAUCGACUCAGCUGGAAGAUGAAAACUAUCAACUACAUUGGUGAUAAAGACAGCGGAAGAACUUCUAUUUAAAAAAAUUUCUUUACAUUUUUCUAUUAUGUAUGUUGAAUAAAAACUUUCGAUAAUU